CAUCCGGACAAAGCCAAGUGCUCGGGAAGUGAUUUGUACGCCAACUUCGAGGGCGCCUUUCAAUGUCUGGCAACUGUCGGUGACGUGUCUUUCCUCAGACACACCACAAUCAACCAAAUGUCUCGAUACAAACGGAUCAAUAAAAAUGAAUACGAGUUGUUGUGUCCAAAUGGUGGCCGGCGUUCAGUGGACUCCUAUCUGGAGUGCAAUUGGGGUUUCGUUCCGUCGCACGCUAUUGUCAUCUCUUCGGCCACUUUACCCGAAGACAGGGCCAAAAUUCAAAGGUUUUUCUUCGACUCCGUCAACAAAUUCAGUCCUCAGUCGACAAACAGAGACUACUUAUCGGGACAGCCAUUGAAGCCAUCAUUUAAUCGAUUUAAUCAAAGCUUUUCAAUGAAAAACAAUUUAACGAAAUAUAGUUUACUGGAAGACAAACUGCGAAACGACGACCAGUUCUCACUGUUUGGCGAUUCCGUAAAAUACGGGGCAAUGAAUCUGUUGUUCUCCGACGAGACGACUGCCUUGAGUCCGGUCGACAUCAGUAAACAGACUUUCGCCGGUUAUUUGCGUUCAUACGAACUUCCGGCCAGAAUUAAGUUCGACUUCAGGUCUAACUUAACCAAUAUAUUGGAUUACUUCGAUAAGUUGCGCAAAUGUCCCGUUCCUAACGCCCGCUUCUGUGUGGUGUCCGACAAAGAGCUCGAGAAAUGCCAACGAAUGAAGACUGCGUUCCACUCGCAGAUGCUUAAGCCAGAGCUCACUUGUAUCAAAGGCCACAGUACUGUCGGCUGUAUGUCAUUGAUUCGCGACGGAAACGCCGACCUCACGGUCUUAGACGCCGGCGAUGUCUACACCGGUGGACACAAAUUCAAUUUAGAACCACUGGUUUCCGAACAAAACAAUUUGAACGAUACUUAUUAUUAUGUGGUGGCCAUCACUCGACAGUCCGAUAAGAAUACAGAUCUGCUAUAUCUGAAGGGCAAGAAGUCGUGUCACACAGGGUUCGGUCUGGCGGCCGGUUGGGUCAUUCCCCUCAGCUUUCUAUUAUCCAACUCACGGAUGCGUCCGUACGGCUGUGACUCAGUUCGGGCCGCGUCUGAAUUUUUCCAGAAGUCGUGUAUUCCCGGAGCGCUUUCCCGCGAGUUUUAUAGUCUGGACAGCACUUGGGAUUACGGCAACCUCUGCGACCUCUGUCACGGGGCCUCAUAUCGAUACUGCAGCCGAGACUCGUCGGAACCCUUCUUCGGAGACACGGGUGCGUUGAGGUGUUUGGUCGAAGGCGGCGGAGAGAUAGCGUUCGCCAAACACACGACCAUUUUGGAGAACACGGGCGGCCGAAACGCCGACUGGUGGGCGCGGAAUGUGAUUCCCGACGACUUUGAGCUGUUGUGCAGAGACGGCACUCGAGCCACUUAUCGCGACUUCAAACGCUGCCAUUUGGGUCGAGUGGCCACCAAUGCUAUCGUCACUAAUAAAUACAACGAGAACUACCAGAAGGAAGCGUUCAUUAAUCUCUUCAUUUAUGCUCAACAGUUCUAUGGAUCGAAAUAUUCCGAAGACUUUACAUUCAAAAUGUUUGUCUCGCAGUCCGACUAUAAAGAUCUCAUAUUCCAGGACUCGACCGUUCAAUUGAAAACCAUUCCCUUUAAUAAACGUGAUUAUCGACAGUAUUUGGGACACGACUUCUUGAAGGCCAUGUCAUUAGUGGACUGCACUGCCGGCUCUCAUCGCACCACACCUUCAGCUAUUAAUUGCGACGGCACUAUAAUACUGCUCAAUGAAGACGGUAUGCAACCGAUUGAGAUCUCUCAGAAAGACUCAGAUCUCGUGCCACUCAAGUCUGGCGUCAAGAUUGCGUGCUUUCAGUGGAAUCCGGUAUUCCUUUCUCUCGCCAUUUCCUGGGAAUCGGGAGAACUCGGCGUCUAUUCCAUCAAGAAUUCAAGAGCCAAAUGGUCUGAAACAGCACUCAAAGCUUAUAACAGACAGAAAACAGUUGUUUGCAUGCAAUGGAUAAACGAUGGCCUCAGUCUCUUCACAGUGGAUAUGUCGGGCAAAAUAAUAAUCUGGGAAUUUGACGAAAUGGCAAAUCUUUUACUCGAAAAGUUUACGCAACAAAUAAGUGAUCAAAUUUCUGAUACACUGGCCGUCACUUUCAACAAAAUAUCAUUUGUAUAUUUCGGAUCAAACAGUGGGACAGUGUUUCAGAUGAAUGAGUCGACGGGAACUCUUAGCGAUAUCGUUGCUCUCGAGAGUGGAGUCAAACGAUUACUUCAUUAUUCAAAAAGGAGUCGACUUAUUAUAAUAACAGAAUCAAUGCUUUUAUGUCAAUAUUCAUUCUCGACCUCCAGUUCAGACAUAUGCGAGGUUUCAAAAGUCAAAUUAAGUACUUCUGCCCGAAAUUUGGCGUCAGAUAUAAUCACCGCCCAAAUGAUCGACGACUCGGUCGGACUCAUAGCUAUUUGUUUUACUGGCGAACGAGUGGUCAGACUCUGGCAGUUAGAGAGUGGUAAUAACGCGGCGGUUAUUGUGGCCGAGUCUGCGGAAUCGCAUUGGGCUGGCGUUACAUCAGUCGGCUAUUGGGGUAAUUUGAUGACUGCCGGCACCAGUAAUAGUCAUGUUAUCAUUUGGAAAAGGAGUUCUGGUCUUGAGUUCAAUCGA